AUGUGCUCCGCCGACAUCUUCCUCGGUCUCUUGGCCAUCCUCUUCCCCCCGCUGCCUGUCUGGAUCAAGUGCGGCAUCUGCGGCGCCGACUCCCUCAUCAACAUCCUCCUCUGCGUCCUCGGCUACCUCCCCGGCCUCCUCCACUCGUGGUACAUCAUUGCCAAAUUCCCCGAGUCCGAUUACGACUACGAUGCUCUGCCCCAGGACCAGGAGGGGGGCCGUGUCACCUACGUCUACGUUCAGUCGCCCAACGGCCACAGCACCCGGCCCCAGUCGCACCCCCCCAACGCCGCCAUGAACUACGGCACCCAGAACCAGCCCCAGUCGCAGCAGCAGCACGGACUCACGUCGGCGGGCGAGGGCAGCGCCGGCAAUCAGCGCGGCGUACCCCCGUCGUACGCAGAGGUCGUUGCCGGCGACCACAAGAUUCAGACACGGGAUUAA